CUCGGGAGUGACUCGUGCCCGGUGCAAGUGAGCACCCGGACAGUCCCGCAGUCGGUCCCCUUACUCCGGUCACCAGGGGAGCCCCGGCCGAGAAGCAGGAAUGACCGGCAUCCCCUCCGCAGCCACGCGGAAGAGGCUCUCGCUUGCUGAGGCGGGGACCUUCGGCCAAGAUGGCGGCCUACCUGCAGUGGCGGCGUUUCGUUUUCUUCGACAAGGAGCUGGUGAAGGAGCCGCUGGGCAACGAUGGUGCUGCUCCCGCGGCUGCACCUGCCUCAGGACCCGCUGCUUCUAAGUUCCUUUGCCUUCCUCCUGGCAUCACUGUCUGCGACUCAGGCCGAGGGAGCCUCGUCUUUGGAGAUAUCCUUCCUCUGGAGCUGUCUAUUCCCUCCCCGGAUCCCUGAAGAGAUCCAGCUGGGAUGGAAUCUGUCGGUCAGAGGGCUUACAGGCUUCCAAGCCUACAAACUACGGGUGACACACCUAUAUCAGCUGAAGCAGCACAAUAUUUUGGCAUCUGUUGGUGAAGAUGAAGAAGGCAUCAACCCCCUGGUAAAAAUCUGGAACCUGGAAAAGAGAGAUGGUGGCAAUCCACUCUGCACUCGCAUCUUCCCUGCCAUCCCAGGAACAGAGCCAACUGUUGUGUCUUGUUUGACUGUCCAUGAAAAUCUCAACUUUAUGGCCAUUGGUUUCACAGAUGGCAGUGUUACAUUGAACAAAGGAGACAUCACACGGGACCGGCAUAGCAAGACCCAGAUUCUGCACAAGGGCAACUAUCCUGUUACUGGACUGGCGUUUCGCCAAGCGGGAAAGACCACUCAUUUGUUUGUUGUGACAACUGAGAACGUUCAGUCCUAUAUAGUUUCUGGAAAGGACUACCCUCGUGUGGAGUUGGACACCCAUGGUUGUGGCCUGCGCUGCUCAGCUCUAAGCGACCCUUCUCAGGACCUGCAGUUCAUAGUGGCUGGAGAUGAAUGUGUCUACUUGUACCAGCCUGAUGAACGUGGGCCCUGCUUUGCCUUCGAGGGCCAUAAACUCAUUGCUCACUGGUUUAGAGGCUACCUUGUCAUUGUUUCCCGUGACCGGAAGGUUUCUCCCAAGUCAGAGUUUACCAGUAGGGACUCCCAGAGCUCCGACAAGCAGAUCCUCAACAUCUACGACCUGUGCAACAAGUUCAUAGCCUAUAGUGCCGUCUUUGAGGACGUAGUGGACGUUCUUGCUGAGUGGGGCUCCCUGUACGUGCUGACGCGGGAUGGGCGGGUCCACGCGCUGCAGGAGAAGGACACACAGACCAAACUGGAGAUGCUGUUUAAGAAGAAUCUAUUUGAGAUGGCCAUUAACCUGGCCAAGAGCCAGCACCUAGAUAGUGAUGGGUUGGCCCAGAUCUUCAUGCAGUAUGGGGACCAUCUCUACAGCAAGGGCAACCACGAUGGGGCUGUUCAACAGUAUAUCCGAACCAUUGGAAAGUUGGAGCCAUCCUAUGUGAUCCGCAAGUUUCUGGAUGCCCAGCGCAUCCACAACCUGACCGCCUACCUACAGACCCUGCACCGGCAGUCCCUGGCCAAUGCUGACCACACUACCCUGCUGCUCAACUGCUAUACCAAGCUCAAGGACAGUUCGAAGCUAGAGGAAUUCAUCAAGACCAAGAGUGAGAGUGAAGUCCACUUUGAUGUGGAGACAGCCAUCAAGGUCCUCCGGCAGGCUGGCUACUACUCCCAUGCCCUCUACUUGGCUGAGAACCAUGCACAUCAUGAGUGGUACUUAAAGAUUCAGCUAGAGGACAUUAAAAAUUAUCAGGAAGCCCUUCGGUACAUCGGCAAGCUGCCUUUUGAGCAGGCAGAGAGCAACAUGAAACGCUAUGGCAAGAUCCUCAUGCACCACAUACCAGAGCAGACGACCCAGUUGCUGAAGGGACUGUGUACCGACUAUCAGCCUAGCCUCGAAGGCCGAGGUGACAGGGAGGCUCCAGGCUGCAGGGCCAACUCAGAGGAGUUCAUCCCCAUCUUUGCCAACAACCCUCGAGAGUUGAAAGCUUUCCUAGAACACAUGAGUGAAGUACAGCCUGACUCCCCGCAGGGCAUCUAUGACACACUCCUUGAGCUGCGGCUACAGAACUGGGCCCAUGAGAAAGAUCCACAGGUCAAAGAGAAGCUUCAUGCAGAGGCCAUCUCCCUGCUGAAGAGCGGCCGCUUCUGCGACGUCUUUGACAAGGCCCUGGUCCUCUGCCAGAUGCACGACUUCCAGGAUGGGGUCCUUUACCUCUAUGAGCAGGGGAAGCUGUUCCAGCAGAUCAUGCACUACCACAUGCAGCAUGAGCAGUACCGGCAGGUGAUUGCUGUGUGCGAGCGCCACGGGGAGCAGGAGCCGUCCCUGUGGGAGCAGGCCCUCAGCUACUUUGCCCGCAAGGAGGAGGACUGCAAGGAGUAUGUGGCGGCCGUGCUCAAGCACAUCGAGAGCAAGAACCUCAUGCCACCACUUCUAGUGGUGCAGACUCUGGCCCACAACUCCACAGCCACCCUGUCUGUCAUCCGGGACUACCUGGUCCAAAAACUACAGAAACAGAGCCAGCAGAUUGCACAGGACGAGCUCCGGGUGCGACGGUACCGAGAGGAGACCACCCGCAUCCGCCAGGAGAUCCAGGAGCUCAAGGCGAGUCCGAAGAUUUUCCAGAAGACCAAGUGCAGCAUCUGUAACAGUGCCUUGGAGCUGCCCUCGGUCCACUUUCUCUGCGGCCACUCCUUCCACCAGCACUGCUUUGAGAGUUACUCGGAAAGUGAUGCCGACUGCCCCACCUGCCUCCCUGAAAACCGGAAGGUCAUGGAUAUGAUCCGGGCCCAGGAACAGAAACGUGAUCUCCAUGAUCAGUUCCAGCACCAGCUCAAGUGCUCCAACGAUAGCUUCUCUGUGAUUGCUGACUACUUCGGCCGAGGGGUUUUCAACAAAUUGACUCUGCUGACCGACCCUCCCACGGCCAGGCUGACUGCAAGCCUGGAGGCUGGGCUGCAGCGGGACUUGCUCAUGCACUCCAGGAGGGGCACUUAAGCAGCUCAGGGGAAGGGGUGUGAUAGUGGAGGCACAGUAGUAGGGACAUGGGGGACAGAGGCAGGGCUGUUGCACAGGAGUCAGGCAGACAUGCUCAGGACUCCACCCUGAUCUGAUGCUAUAGCCCUCAGGACUAAAGAGGACUUUUUCUUCCUUCGGCCAGCCCGCCAUUCCUCCUGUUGACUUUUUGAGCAGUGUGGAUCAUUCCAGACCAGCGGGGGAGGGUACCUCAGCAACCUCUGAGUAUGGACAAUAGCUGCUUUGUUCUCUAUCCAAGGGCACCAGGCUGUGCUUGGGUCCUUGCUCCCAGAGUCUAUAAAUAAAAGAAUAUAAUGGUUUGGGGGUUGAAGGUUUUGUUCUGGGGACUUCCUGGUGAUUCUUAAUUGUGCAAGAUGUACUUUCCCUCUGCUCUUGUAGAACUCCAAUUCCCUUCUUGCAGGGUUCUUUGAAGAUUAUGUUGACAAGACCUCAUUCCAGUAAUGGGUGGGGCUGGUGGCCUCCAGUAGACCAGUUUACUGAAGAGCCUCAGUGACGAAAGGCCUGGUACCUGAGCUCCAGGAGCAACCUGGACCAAGGCCCCCAGACUAGCGCCUGCUCUGUAGUCUGGCUGGUCUCAGUGGCUCUUGUUUGCACAAAAUACUCAAGCAGGAGGCAGAUUCUGGUGGGAAUCCUGGGGUUUGAGCCUGCCUUCAUUAUGCAUAGGUUGGUGUCUUGCCGGAUUUAGUACCAAGUGAUAAGAUAGAAGGGCCUUGGUUGAAACGCUUUUUUUCCUACCUCUUGGAAGCUGCCCAUUGAAGUUUGUGUGGCUAUGUGUCUGCCUACAAAUGUGUCGGAAGACUGCUCGCACGUGUUACUCAGCUGAAGAGUAACUCGGACAUUGUGCUUUAGAGUUUAGGUAGUAUGUGGAAAAGGGAGAGUACACUGUAUUCGCAGUGGCUACGAAUACAGACUUCGGGGCCGCUGACCUAAGUUUGAAUCCUAGUUUGGUUUAGGUUGUCUCUUACUUCCUCUGAACCUGUUUCUUCAUCUGUACAUCAGGAAUGACAACAUCGUGUAUAGCUGUUGUGAAGGCCUGAGGAGCAAAUGGGUGUCCAGUUCCUUGGUGGUAGUUAGCACGUGGGCACUCAGUGCAUGGUUAUUAAUACAAGCACUUUCUCUAACACUUUUCCCACUAACAAUUAUGUGCCGUUUAUAACGGCACCCCCACUUGGGUUGUCUUUUUUUUCACGUUUGUUUAUUUUUUGAGAGAGACACAGUGUCAGCGGGGGAGGGGCAGAGAGAGGGAGACACAGAAUCCAUAACAGGCUCCAGGCUCUGUGCUGUCAGCAGAGUCCAACAUGAGACUCCAACCCACGAACUGGGAGAUCAUGACCUGAGCCAAGAGCUAAAGUGAGACACUUACCCGACUGAGCCACCCAGGCGCCCCCCUUCUUGGGGCAUGACCUUUGAUCUCUGAGCCAGUCUCCUCAGUUAAGAAAUACGAGUGUUGCCUAUUUCAGGGCUGUGGCAGAGCGAAGUUUUAAUAGAACAAAGGAAGCACCGCAUCAGUUUCACUAAUUGUGCCACAGCCAAGGAGAUAAAGCUGUAGAAUUCUGGGUGACCAACUUUCUGCAGCAUCCUCUUAUCUGGAGGUGUUGAAUCCAGUGGAAGGGGCAUGGAAGUUACCCAAGGACGCUUUACUUCAAACGCAGCAUUUUAGAGUUAAUACUUUUCCUCUCGGGCCCUGCUAACUUUGGCUUGGCCCUUUGGGUGGCGUCGGAGGGCUGCUCUGCGGGUAAAUCCGGGGAGCAUCUCUCAGUCAUUGACCAUCAGUACUCCCGGCUCAGAACGAGGUAUAUGUAAAAGUAAUAAUGAAUGGUUAAUAGGUCCGGGUCUCCAGCAAGGAAGACGGGCGCACAGGGUCCCCAGGGUCCCCACCAGCCGGGUGGAGUAGGGGCGGUAACAGAAGGGUAAGGUCAGGUCUGUCGCAAUCCUUCUAAUUCCCGCCCCGAGGGUGGUCCUCCCCUCCGGGGGCGGGCGCCGGAAGUGACGGAGAGCCCGGAGUCUGAGGCUGCAGGAGGAGUUCGCACCCCGCGUGCACCUGGUGCCUGUUGGCCGGGACCUCCGGCUUCCCUGUACUCCCGGGGACCCUGGCGGCACCUCCCGGACCUACCUCCUGAGCACAGCCAUGUCUGACAAUGGCAACGCGGCCGCGACGGCGG